AUGGCCGCGGCCUGCACCAGUGACCAGCAGUGGAUGACAAGCGCACUCUGGAACACCAACGUCUCGGCCGCGUGCGCUGCGACGUUUGACACCGCGGCGAAAACCAUGAUGAAUGCCAUCGAUAUCCAGAACCGAUACCAGAUCUGUCAGGCACCGUGCAGCGCAGACCUCGUGAGCCUCAUGACCAACCUCCCCGUCUGCGACGACAAUGCGAGCAUUCUGCCCAUCAUCGCGCAGAUCGGUCAGUCGUGCGCUACGACGAACGGUGCGUGGUGCACGUCGGUGGACGACGCCUUGUUUAACAUCGCGCUAUCCACGCCGGCGUGGGCCAACUGCACGAGCGCGCUCGGCGCCACCUUGCUCUCGCUCGCGCCAGAGGAUAUCGCAUCCGCGUAUACGCUCUGUGGCUCUGCCACGUGCAGGGCUUUUAUCGCGUCGGUGGCCGACACGCUGCCCAACUGCUGGAUGACGAGUGGGACCAACACGAGAACUCUAUUCCAGCAAGUCUUUGGUUGCACGCCGGCGACCAUGGGUGGGCCGUGUACCAUGAUUGACCAAUAUGGCGCGCAAUCCACGAUGCAAGCGUCGACCGUUUGGUCCAACUGCUCGAAUGUCCUCGGUUGGCCAACGUCGUUUCAGAUCGUCGCGCGCCACCUUGCGAGCCCUCCGUCCGGGUUUUGCCAGUCGCCUUGUCCGCGGUAUCUCUUGUCCGUGCUUCGCGCACUGCCGCAUUGCACGGUCGAAGGUGGCCAAUUCAUUGACGACCUGAUGCCAGUCUACUCCACCUGUCCCGACGUGCUUACGACGGUGGCGCCAACGCUUCCGUCGUCGCAAAAUGGGUCCAUCAUGCCACCGAUCACGAGCUCGUCCAUGGCGCACCGUAUCUUGUGA